AUGUCUGGUUAUAUUCCAGAAAUUAGUCAAAGUAUUGGAAAACUGGUAGAUUCACCGGAAACUUUAGAUGAAUUAUUACAAAAAGUUACAAUAGCUCAGCAAGAAUUUUUGAAAUUAGACCAGAAUCAAGUUGAUCAUAUUUUUGUAAGAGCAUCUUUAGCAGCAAAUUGUGCAAGAUGUGAAUUAGCAGUAAUGGCUGUUGAAGAUGGAGGGAUGGGAAUAGUUGAAGAUAAAGUGAUAAAAAAUCAUUUUGCAUCUGAAUCUAUAUGUAAUAAAUAUAAGAAUACAAAGACAGUAGGAGUUAUAGAAAGAGAUGAAUUUGGAGGUAUUGAUAUAGUAGCAGAACCUUUAGGAGUUUUAGCAGGUAUUUCACCUUGUACAAAUCCAACAUCUACAACAAUUUUUAAAGCUUUAAUAGCAUUAAAAACUCGUAAUUGCAUUGUAUUUUCACCUCAUCCACGUACUGCAAGAUCUACAAUAAGAGCAGCAAAAGUUAUUCGUGAUGCAGCAGUUGAAGCUGGUGCUCCACAAGAUUGUAUUGGAUGGAUUGAUGUUGCAAGUAUAAAAUUAUGUACAGCUUUAAUGAAUCAUGAUUUAGUUGCUGCAAUUUUAGCUACAGGUUCAGUAGCCUUAGUGAAGGCAGCUUAUUCAUGUGGUAAACCAGCAUUAGGAGGAGGUGCAGGAAAUUCAGCUGUAUUGAUUGAUGAAUUUGCAGAUAUUAAAUUGGCAAUAAAUUCUAUAAUUUUAUCAAAAUCUUUUGAUAAUAGUUUAAUUUGUGCAUCUGAACAAUGUUUAGUUGUUGUAGAUACUAUAUAUGAGAAGGUUAUAGAAGAAUUUAGACGUCGUAGUGUUUAUAUAUGUAAUAAUACUGAUGAACUAAAACGUCUUGGUAAUAUUUUAAUUACAGAUGAGGGUAAUAUGAAUCCUAAGCCAGUUGGUGCAAGUGCAAUAGAGGUGGCUAAGAUGGCUUCAAUCGAGGUACCUGAAGAUACAUUAAUAAUUCUUGCUGAAAUUAAAGAUGUUGGACCAAAUGAAAAAUUGUCACGUGAAAAACUAUGUCCAGUUUUGAGUAUUAUUCGUGUUAAAGAUUUUUCUGAAGGAGUCUCAACUGCACGUAAAAUAGUGGAAUUUGGUGGUUUAGGUCAUACAUCAUGUAUUUAUACUAAUCCAAAUACGGAGAUAGGAUCACAUAGAAUUUCUGAAUUUCAAAAUAAUAUGCCAACUGGUAGAGUUCUUGUUUGUAUGCCUACAGCUCAAGGAGCAAUGGGUGAGAUGUUUAAUUUUAGACAGAUACCAUCCUUAACAUUAGGAUGUGGAUCAUGGGGUCAUACAUCAACUUCUGAGGGUAUUGGAGUUAAGCAUAUUUUGAAUUAUAAACAAAUUAUUCAUAGAAGAGAUCAUAUGUCAUGGUUUAAAGUUCCUCCUGCUAUAUAUUUUAAUAGGGGAAUUUUACAAGAUGCUUUACAAGAUUUGAAAGAAGUAAAUUUAAAAAAGGCCUUUAUUAUAACUGAUAGAAUGAUGAUUGAACUUGGAUUUAUUGAUAGUUUAGUAAAAGAUCUUCAAAAAAUUGGUAUAGAGAAUGAAGUAUAUGGUGAUGUACCUCCUGAGCCUGAUGUUGAAACUGUACAUGAUAUUGUAAAACGUCUAAAUGCUAGUAAACCUGAUUGUUUGAUUGGUUUUGGAGGAGGUUCACCAAUAGAUGCUUCGAAAUUGGUUAAGCUUAUGUAUGAACAUCCUUCAGUAAAGUGGGAUGAAAUUGUAACUCGUUUUAUGGAUAUAAGAAAAAGAAUUAUUAAGGUUCCUAGAGGGGGGAGUAAAAUAUUGAGACUUAUUUCUAUUCCUACAACUUCAGGUACAGGUGCAGAAAUGACUCCUUUUGCUGUUAUUACAGAUAAUAAGACCGGUAUAAAAUAUCCAAUAGCAUCUUAUAAAUUGACCCCUGAUAUAGCUAUAGUUGAUGCAAAUUUUGUCUUAUCAAUGCCAAAAUCUCUAGCUGCAGCUACAGGACUUGAUGCAUUAACGCAUGCUCUAGAAGCUUAUGUUGCAAUAUAUGCAACUGAAUAUACUGAUGGAUUAUGUAUACAAGCUAUGAAAUUAAUAUUUGAACAUUUAACUUCAUCAGUAAUAAAUUGUGAUUCUAAAUCUAGAGAAUAUAUUCAUAAUGCUUCUUCUAUUGCAGGAAUGGCAUUUGCCAAUGCAUUUCUUGGAGCUUGCCAUGCAUUAGCACAUCAAUUAGGAGGGCAGAUGCAUAUACCUCAUGGAAUUGCUAAUGCUAUUUUAUUACCUCAUAUUGUAGCAUAUAAUGCUACAGAUAAUCCUAGUAAACAAGUCAUUUUACCACAAUAUGCAUAUCCUAUGGCUAAAGCUAGAUAUGCAAAGCUUGUAGAUAUUUUGAAUUUAAAGUGUGAAUCAGCUGAUAUUGAUGAACUAUUAGAUGAAGAUAGUCAAAAAAUUAGAUUUCUUGUUCAGGCAAUACAAAAUCUAAAAAAGAGUAUUGGAUGUCCUAUGAAUGUUAAGGAAUUUGGGAUUGAAAAAGAUUAUUACAUGUCUAGGGUUGAUGAUAUGGCAAUUAAAGCCCUAGAUGAUCAAUGUAUAGGUGCAAAUCCAAGAUUUCCAUUAUUAAAAGAAAUAAAACAGUUAUUUAUUGAUGCAUAUAAUGGUGAUAUUAGGUAUUCUAAAUCUUGA